AUGCCGCCCGACGUGUCGGCCUCCGUCUCGUCGCUCGUCGCCGCCUUCACCACCGGCCUGGACGUCUUCAAGAAGUUACGCGCCAAACGUCGCCGCAGGAAGAGCAGUAGCAACAGUGGCGGCACCAAACAGGCCGACGAGGCGCGUCUGGCCGCCUCACUGAGCCGUGGGCCCGUCGACAUCCAGCGCCACUAUGAACACAGCUACGCCGCAACCGGCGAGCCAUUUGCGCGUGGCGACGCCAUCGCACAUGCCUCCCUGACCGAAACCCUACUCAAACUUAACGCCGGCCUUGUCUCCAUCAUCUCGGCCUUCCUGGCCCGCGGCGGCAGCAACAGUCAGACCAACAACACCACCGCUGCCCGCCUAGACUACCGCUCCCUGGCCGACCUCUCUGACGCCUCCCGCGCCGACGCCAUCGCUGCCCUCGGCCAGCUGCACGCCCGCCUCGCCCAGUCGCAGCUCCUCCUCAACCGAAUUCGGCCACGAUGCUCGCACUGCGGGAGCACUGCGCACGUUGCUACGUGCAAUGGCGGCGGUGAUUGCGGUUCCUCCACCGCUGAUCUCGUCCCGCCGCCGUCAUCGAAGCGCCAUGGUCGUCGUUCUCGCCGCUCGAGAGCCGCACCCGAUGGCGGAGCAAGUAUCGCGCUCGCGCGUGUCCCGAAGACCAGCAAUGGCUCGCAGACACGGCUUGUCAUGCUGCGUCCACGAGGUAGUAGGAAGCCCACUGCUGCUUCUUCGAAUUUAACGGAGCUGCCGCCACUCUUGCCUGAGCCGCCACCACCACGCCAAUUCCAGCAGCAGCAGCAGCAGCAGCAGCAGCAACAGACCGCCAAACCGCCGCCACAGCCUGAAAAGCUCCCUGCCUCGCCCUCGCUGACCCGCCCUGGCAUUCCCGCUGCUGUUGCAGCUGCCUUCGCCGCUCCAUCCAUCCCACAACCACGAUCACGCAUCCGCCCUAUCCGAGCCCAGCCACAACCCGUCCCCUCCACCCAACCACUCAACCCCGCCUCUAACAACCCCAAACCGAAACCAAAAACCCACCUCCCACCACCCUUCCCCACAACAACAAGCUCAGCCCUAACCACGCACCUCUUCCCCCCACCGCCCUCCUACCGGCCUCCAUCGCCACUCCAAUCCCAACCUCAACACCAACACCAACCCCCACCACCACACCCUCCACUCCCCCCCUUCUCACCGCCCCCUCUCUCCCUCCUCUCCUUCACGUCCGACAGCACAAAGCUCGGUGAGAUCCCGAUGCGCAAGUGGGCCGUGCCGUUCGAUACGGCGGAGGCGGAGCGCCUGAACCGAGAGGCUGCCGAGUCCGGGUACGCGGUUGCGGCGCCGCCGCGGGUGGACGUGGAGGGGGCCGAGAAGGGCGCGGGGAAGGUUAAGGGGGGGUGGUUGGGGCGGCUGUUGGGGAGGGGCCGGUAG